AUGUCCCAAGGAGGAGCAGGAGAACACAAAUCUUCCAAGCCCCAGGACCAGGGCUGGGCAUGGAUGGUCCUGCUGGCUGCAGUGGUGCUGCAGGGCAUGACACUGGGCUUCCCCCCCUGCAUCGGCAUCUUCUUCACGGACCUGCAGCGCGACUUCCAGGCCAGCAACAGCGAGACGUCGUGGUUCCCGUCCAUCAUGGUGGCAGUGCUGCACGGAGGCGGGCCCCUCUGCAGCAUCCUGGUGAAGCGCUUUGGCUGCAGGUUCGCAGUGAUGCUGGGCGGCCUGCUCAGCGGCGUGGGCAUGGUGUGCAGCUCCUUCUGCAGGUCCAUCAGCCAGCUUUACAUCACCGCUGGCUUCAUCACGGGCCUGGGGUCAUGCUUCAGCUUUCAGGCAGGAGUGACUGCGCUGGGAUUCUACUUUGUACGGUGGCGAACGCUGGCCAAUGCCAUGGCAUCCACUGGUGUCUCUCUGGGUUUCACGCUGUGGCCGCUGCUUUCUCAAUACCUGCUGGAUGAGAUGGGCUGGAGAAACACUUUCCUUAUCUUUGGAGGAAUACUACUGAACUGUUGUGUUUGUGGAGCCAUCAUGAGACCGGUUCAGCUCACUUCAGGGCCAGUACUUCAGUCAUCCAAGCCCAGAGAGGAGCCAAGGAGAAGAGCAGAAGAGACACAGCUAUCCAAUGGAGCAUCUUCUCCGCAACACGAGCUCCAGAAGCCAAGCAGAAGGACUGCAUGCUUCCACGUGAUGCAGAAGUACCUGGCUUUUGACAUCUUCUGUCAAAACAAAGGUUACCAGAUUUACACUAUUGGCGUGACCUGGAUGAUGAUGGGGUUUGCAUUACCCCACAUCUACCUUGUGCCUUACGCCAUCCAGAAUGGGGUGGAGGAGCGCAGGGCAGCUCUCCUCAUCUCUGUUAUCGGGUUCAUCAACAUCUUCAUACGCCCCUUCACGGGGCUGCUCUCGGGACACAGAGUCUUCUCAGGGAGACGCAUCUACCUGUUCAGCCUGGCCGUGCUCCUCUGCGGGCUGAGCAACUUCAUCUGCGUGGUCUCAGCCGAGUUCAGCGUGCUCAUCAUCUACUGCGUCAUCCUCAGCAUAGCCAUGAGCGGCAUCGGGGCACUCACCUUCCAGGUGCUGAUGGAUGUGGUGGAGAUGGACAGGUUCUCGAGCGCUCUGGGGCUCUUCACCAUCCUGGAGAGCAUCACGCUCCUCAUCGGACCCCCUCUCACAGGUCUCCUGGUAGAUAUAACUAAUGAUUUCCACUACGUCUUCUACAACUCCAGCUUCUUCCUGAUCUCGGCUGCCUUAUUCAUGGCACUCACUUUCUGUGCUCUGGAAAAGAAAACCAGACUGAAAGAGGCUUCCAAAUUACCUCUGGAUAAUCCUUCCAGGUAUCAAUACAGUGAAAUGCCAACUGAAUCACAGCCUGAAAGUCAACCCCCUCCAGCAGUCGUGUACAUCACAAGCAUAUGA